AUGUCAUCUAGAAUUUCAUCACACGCUGUGUGGCGAGAUACUAUCUUUGCCGAAGCUCUACGUCAUGAUUUUCUCCUGCAUGGUCUGAUGGCUACUGCUGCUCUACACAAGGCUACAAUGCAAGCAAAGACAUCAGAUGCAUAUGCCGAAUACUCCAAAGUCGCUUUGGCUCAUCAAAACGCGGCGCUGGCCGGCUAUAUCCCCGCAGUCAACAAGCCCAAUCAGAACAACGGCAUCGCCCUAUUCUGUCUGUCUCUGUAUCUCACCAUCUGGGCUUUUGCCUCAAAACGACUUCCUGAGGGAUUGAACAGUGUCAAGCUGGAUCUGAACCCGGGCGAGUCUCCCGGCAUCGCAUUGCCUCUGCACUCCCCUACUGCCGACUUCAUCGAAAUCGUCAUGAUUCUCAGAGGGAUUUAUGCCGUCAUCAGGGAAACGGAUACGUGGCUCCAAGGUGAUAUUGAGGAGCUGUUACGAUACCCGCAGCCGGGUGACCUUCCCCCACACCCUGCCGACGUUUCUGAAGCUUUCAACCUCCUCGCUGAGGUUGCGGACGACCCCAAGCUGAUACCUUUACUUGGGGGCGAGGAUCCUGCAGCCAGCAGGGCUUCUUAUCUCGAGCAUCUUGGGCGGCUGCGAGACAUUUCACGUUGUCGUUCCGUUGUCGAAUGGGAUGGGCACAUUUUUUCAUGGUUUAUCAUGGCUCCCACGACGUUUAUUCACUCUCUCAAACGGGGGGAUCCUUGGACUUUGAUCCUGUUCGCCCACUGGGCAGGGGCUUUCCGAUGUAUGGAUCAUCACUGGUGGGCCGUCGGAUGGGCCUACAGUCUGGUCGUUGACCUCUCAGCUCUGCUUGACCCCGUUUGGAGACCAUAUCUUGAGUGGCCAAGGAGACAGAUGGGAUUGGUGUUUCAGGACAAUGCGCUUCCAGAUGCACGGAGAGUUGGGUAA